AUGCUGAGGAGAUGCUUGGCCGUUCCUCGCGCCGGCCUUGCUUCACCAUCCACGUCGACUCUCAUAAUAGUGACAACACCCCAUAACUUGGACCUGCAAUGUCUCAAGGCGCAGAACCAUAGCACUCCGAGUUAUAGGGAAAGGGCACCCGAACUGAAGAGGGUACCGAAAUCGAAGAAGGAUUCGAAGAGCUUGAGGACAGCCGGAACCACACCUGGAUCCGUCAUUCCACUCGUUAUCCCCCUACGGAGCAACACUCCCAUCCUUGACUCCUCCCAUCCUGCAGCAGGCAUACCUCUGCGGCAACUUAAAACCCCGAAAUGGUCCUGUCCACUCUUUUCCCUGAACGCAUAUCCGAAAGCCCUACUAUCUCAGCGGGACCUGCCUUACGACGAACACCUCCCACCGUAUAACGUCGAACGUUACCCCCCGGAGUCAGACCAGCCAAGAAUGCAGAAGGGGCGCUCCAAGAGAGGAAGGAUCAACUUUUCGAUGCAGACGACGUUUUUCAAUAAGUGGGUGGAAGUGGACGCAGUGAGGAGGUCGGUGAUGAAAAGGAAGUUGAAGCAUGCGGUGGAGUUGAUAGUGACGAAGGGAGCGAAUACCGGGUGUACUGAGGAAGGGGUUGGCCAGUACGGGGAGGCUAUACUGGGAGCGCAGAAGGUCGUGUUUGAUGAGAACGAUGCGGGUGAGGAGAAGUGGCUGAUCCCUGAUUACACGUAUGUGUUCAUCCCGAAGAACCAAGUAUUCCUCAUGGGGCUUCAGAGGAUGAUAGAGCUGGUACGCGAGGCACUGGUCUCACUUAAGAGACAAGCCGUGGUCUUUGAAGCCAAAUUCGGACGGACCCUCCAGUACCCAAAACGAAAUGAUCCAACAAGUCCGCAAACCACGAUGCCGCCUCUUCUCCCAGUUCCCCCUGCGAUCAGCCCCCGGCCUACAACCGAAGCCGACCCAAUCCCCUUGGCCAAACAUUACCGGAAUUUAGACAGCCAUAUAGGUGCCAGCAACUACGUUGGUCGCCUCGCCGCUUUCGGUCCUGGCUCUCUCACCGACUUUACCCUUCCCUCCGCCGCCCCCUUCGAGAAUCCUGGCAGAAUCUCUACCAAUAAUGCUCAAUGGAAAAGGAAGCUCGUAUGGGAACAGGGCUUCGGUGAAUGGACUGUCCGUCCCAAACGGAAGAAGUCGAAGAAAGAAGACAAAACGAAGAUUGCGGCGACGCAGCAGAAGAUGAGCGCGAGGCAGAGAACGCCGGGGAAUGUGGAGAAACAUAGGACGUUUAGGAUGAGGAAGGUGCCGGUGCCGACGAAAUUGGAUUCGAAAUUGACUGGGGAGCGGAAGGUGCCUAUGAGGGAGAGGGAUCUGCAUAGUUAG